AUGCGUGCCAUAAAUUUUUUCCUCGUUGCUGGUGUUGUGUUCGCCGAUUAUCAAUCCCAAAACUCCGGCUAUGAGAAUGCUGAAAUUGCUCAACCUACACCUGAAGCUCCACUAAGCGCUGAUGGAGGAGAUCAACAAGCAUACAAUUCGGAUGUAGGAUCUGAUGGAGGACUGCCUCUAGUUCCUUCUCAACCUCCAGCAUCCGGACCUACCCUACUGUCACCGGUACCAUUAGUUGAAACUGCUUCUGACAGCAAUGGAGGAAGCGUUGCUCCAGAAAUUGGAAGUGAUGCUGGUAUAGGGUACAGAAAUCGGCGCCGUUUCCGUCUUCGCCACGCUCUUCGCUCACGUCGCCUUUGA